AUGAGGCAUACACCUAAGAAAUUAACGGACUGUCCGGAAAACCUCCGGGAGUCCAUCGACUGGUUGAUCCAGGUUAGGUAUGGGAAUGGUGAUGGUGGUGAUGGUCUUGACCAGUUGUCUCAAGCUUUGAAAAAGUUGAUUGAGGAGGCUAUUGAGAAGGCUGAAAAGUCCCUUAAUGCCGAAAAAUCUAAACUUGAAUGCCCUGUUAAGUAUAGGGGAAAUGAGUCCACUUGCCAGGCUAUGGAUAGGCAAAUUAAGGAUGUUGAAGAGAGGCUUAAAAAACUUGAAGGCUCCGAAGAUCGUGAUAAGGGGCAAAAAACAGCGUCUCUAAAUGCUACGAAAUCCCAGCUUGAACAUUAUAAAAAUUCCUGUAAUGCAAACCACACUAAAUAUCCUGAGAAUCCUGCCUUGAAGGACAUUGACUCCAAGUUGUCUCAGGUUAAAAAUCUUAAAAAGAGUCUUGAAGGAUUGACUGAAAAUGAUAAUUGUGAAAAGCUUUUAACAAAUCUUUGUGACGGCCUCGAAACAUUCCUCGGCUUCAACUCUGAGUCAAAAGGCUACGAUGGCACUGGCAUUGUGUACUCGGACCUGGACAGGCUGUGUGACGGGGUGAUGGGAUUUUUGUAUUAUUUGCUUAAGGAUGUCAGCGAGAAACAGCCUUACAGUGUGGGCAAAACAAUGCUAAAAGAUUUUGUUGAGACCGAAUUAAAGCCUAAAUUAUCCACCGGGCGUAAGGGUUUUGAGGUCAUUGAGCAGGUGGCGGGGAAGGUGCGGGAGUAUAAUGAGAGAGUUAAGCAAAGUAACGAUGAUAUGAAAACCAUAUAG